UUUUAUAUGUUUGUCUCGAGAAUUCAACACUGUGUUUAUUUGUACGGUAAACUCUUUAACCUAGAAAAUAUUUUAAUAGUUUUUCAAUGAUAUUAAUCUUCAUAAAUCGGUGAGCGGUGUGCAUAUUUUAAAGCCAAAUUCCUGUCAGUGUCAAACGCGCCCGUUACGCGUAACACCUCGUGCGUAAUUACGCAGCCAAAUGACAAACUGGAUAUCACGGCUGGAGGCCACCGUUGACUCCAAACUCCCCUCCCUCUAGUACUCGUGCUGCAGUGGCAGCGUUUUAAUGGCCAUCAUCAUCAUCAUCAUCAUCAUCAUCAUCACCACCAUCAGCACUCCCUUUCUAGAAGAAGCGACCAGCAGAGGGAAACACAUGCAUAAACAUUUCGGGGGCAUCUUUCUCCUCGGCACCAACAGACUCCUCCUAUUCCCCACGUCCAAUUAGUUAUUAUGGUCCGGCCCUUUAAGACGCAGCAGCGGGUCAGCAAGUAGUGUAGUGUUUCUCUAAUUGAACUUCGCCCAAUCAACAAUAACUUGUUAGCAGUCGCUGUCGUUCUCUGUGCUGCCUCGGACAGCUUUUUUCUGCCUUUGCAGGGAUUCACCCGUCCAGUCUGCGACUUCCUAAAGAUCUACAUGGAGCUUGGCAGAGGAACCGCGACUCUCUGAGGAAGGAAAACAGCCACAGUCCGGCUGCCUUUGCGACUCUGCGCCAGAAGAAUGGUUAUUUUGGAGGAAAGCUCUCAGGCGAACUAAGCUGUGCGGCAGAUAUCGCUCCACUUUUUCUGCAACAACACAAAAGGAAACUUCGGACGACGCGUGGUUUUGGAUGAAAUAAUCAACCGUUUGGGUGGAAAGCGGCGACUCUUUCGGGACUGCGAUGACCUCUAGUAAAGACAUGAAGGCAGGUUCCGUGUUGCAGUCCAGCGGACCAGAGGAGAGGAGACGGGCUCCUCUGGACCAGCUGCCGCCGCCGGCCAACUCCAACAAGCCUUUAACGCCUUUCAGCAUCGAGGAUAUCCUCAACAAACCCUCCGUGAAGAAGUCUGUGGCCAGUAUCUGUCCGCCCAGAGUGCUAGAGAAAGUGACGGGCUCCAACUCGGCGAGGAACGGGAUCACAUCUCCCUCCUCGCCGCUGUGCGCGCUGGAGGAGCUGGCCAGCAAAACAUUCAAGGGUCUGGAAGUCAGCGUUAUCCAGGCAGCGGAAGGUCGAGAACAUGUCAACGCCUUCGGCCAGCGGCAGACGUCAAAGAAGAGGAGAAAGUCCCGGACGGCCUUCACGAACCACCAGAUCUACGAGUUGGAGAAGAGGUUCCUGUACCAGAAGUACCUCUCACCGGCGGACCGGGACCAGAUCGCGCAGCAGCUCGGUCUCUCUAACGCCCAGGUCAUCACCUGGUUCCAGAACCGCAGAGCUAAACUGAAGCGGGACCUGGAGGAGAUGAAGGCGGACGUGGAGUCCCUGAAGAAGAUCACUCCGCAGACGCUGCAGAAGCUCGUCACCAUGGAAAACAUUGAUGAUGCACAGGGUGGUGUUGGUGGGGCAGGGUCCGAGGCCGGGUCGCCGAGCAUCUCCCCGACCUCACAAGGACACCGGGCCUUCCCCCAGUCCCCGUCCUCGUCCAGAGACCAAACCACGGAUGAGUUCUCGGAGGAUGACGAGGAAAUCGAGGUGGACGAUUGACACUGUGUGAGAGGAGACGGGGAGGCUGUGAUUUUCAUAAAAAAAUAUUUAAAACGAGAGACAGAACACUAAAGAGGGCAUUUUUUUAAUUUCACUUUUGCACGGAUUUUGACACAAUAAGGAGACAUUUCUGGAAACCUUUCCCUCCUCUUCUUUCCCUUUUUUCUCUAAUUUUUAUUUAUUCAUCAGACUUUUCAUCAAAAAUCCUGAGGAAUAUCACUUUCCCAUGUUCUCUCUUAACAGACAGAACUGUUGUGGUACAAGAGAGGACAAGAAAACUGUAACAUUUCAAACACAUUUUUCCGAACCGGGGAGGGAGAUGUGCAAUUGUUAUGACGAUGAUUAUAAUUAUUAUUAUUAAUAUUAUUAUUAUUUUUGACAUUUAUUCAUUUUGUCCUGCAAGGAAUCGGAUGUGCCAAAAAUCCUCACAUGAAACCCUCCAAACUUUUCCAUGCACAGCAGCUCGGAUUCACAGUGUCAACCCGUGAUCACAGCCUUAAAUUUAUUUUUAUUUUAUCUUAUUUUUAUAUAUAAAUAUAUAAUUUAGUCCUGAGCAAAACUUCAAACCAUGGGGCCUGUGCGCAAAAAAAUGUGGGCAUCGACUGCAAAAUUCCUCAUCCUACAGCUCUGAGUUUCUGUAUAUAGAACCUUCACAUGCGAUAAUUUUAUUGUAACAUUCUAUUUAAUCAGCAUCUAUGUAAAUAAAGGUUAUAUGGUAUUUCAAAAAAGCUUCCUGCUCAAUUUUUAAUCGGUAAACGUGCCCAAAAUAACUAUAUUAUAAAUAUAUA